AUGCAAUCUAUCAAGACAGUUGGAGUAGUAGGCACUGGUGUUAUCGGCGCCAGCUGGACGGCUCUUUUCCUUAGCCGUGGACUCAGGGUCUUAGUGUCUGACCCUGCUCCAGGGGCGAAAGACCGUCUUUUCGCAUACCUCCAAGAUUCAUGGCCGAUGCUGAAGCAACUUGGCCUCCAUAGUGAUGCAUCCAUAUCCAAUUGCACCUUCGUGGGCGAAAGCUUGGGUGAUCACUGCAGUGAAGUUGAUUUCAUCCAGGAGAAUGCGCCUGAGAGGCCGGAUUUAAAACGAAAUCUCUUUGCUCUCUUAGAUGCGAAAGCGAAAAAAAAUGUGGUGAUAGCUUCUUCUUCAUCGGGUAUUCCAUCGUCGCAAUUUAUUAGCGAGUGCCAAAAUCCAGAGCGUGUUUUGAUUGGCCACCCGUUCAACCCGCCACACUUGAUGCCACUUGUUGAAGUCGUACCACACGACAAAACCAAUUCAUACACAGUUGAUACUGCCAUGUCGUUUUACAAAGCGAUGGGUAAAAGCCCUGUCUUAGUAAACCAGGAAUGCCCUGGCUUUGUGGCAAAUCGACUUCAAGCAGCUCUUGCCAGGGAAGCAUACAGCCUCGUUCAUCGAGGGAUUGUCUCAGCCGAAGCUUGUGAUAUCUGCGUUACCACGGGCAUUGGCCUUCGAUGGGCAUUUACGGGUCCUUUCAUGACCAAUGUCCUCGGCGGAGGGGGAGGCAAAGAAGGAUUUCAUCGAUUAAUCACUCACCUGGGUCCGGGCAUUCAAGGAUGGAUAAAAGACAUGGAUGCUCAUGCAUUCGGUUUCGGCGAGAACGAAAUCGAAGAGUUGGACAAAAGUGUACAACAAAUGUUGGAAAGCACAGAUAUUGCGAGUGUAGAGAGCGAACGGGACAGAGGUCUUGUCGAACUCAUUAAGAGCAAGAAAGCGGCUCCAGCCUCGAGCUAA